GUCAGCAGCACCGCGUUUGGCGUUGAAGAUCAGACGCAGGACACGUUUGAGAUAUUGCAGAUGAAAGCCAAGUACGUUCCUGUGGCAUUGGCUAUAGCUGUCAUUGUAAUUUGGCUUGCUUGGAACGUAUUGCAGUUUGCUUUGUACGACCCAUGCCACAAGACUGAGGUUAUUGAUGAUAUUUGCAAAAACUAUAAAAGGGGAGAAAUAACUGGCACAUUUUGCUAUGAACUAUGUGAAAGUGAGACUGUAGACAUUGGGCAAUGUGAUAUACAUUCUAACCACCAUGUGGAGUUCUUGUAUCAGUCAUACUUUGAAGUAGAUCGAACCAGAUACGUCUACCACAUGGAGAAAUGGUCUUUCAGUAUCAUAAAAAGCUACGUAAUACUGCCAAGUGUAAUAACCUAUAGAGAGUUUGAGCUUUACCUGAAGGAAUUCGCGGAAGAUGUGUUGGGGCCGGGAGAGCACUCUGCGCUUGUCGACAGGCUGCUGGCAAUGGCCGACAUCAACCAUGACGCAAAGAUAUCCCUAGCAGAAGCUCAGACCAUCUGGUUACUUAUUCACACUGGUGACUUCUUCCUGAGGGUGGUUCUGAGGGGUUCGAGCGUAGUCGCUACUAUACAAGGCUUCUGCGGUGGCCUCUAUGCCUACGAGGAUGUGCCAAUUCGAAGCCUGUACAGUAUGUGGGUAAUCAUGUCCCGCCUGUGGCCGUCCAGAUACUAUAACAAAAUGUUUCCGUACAGACUGCCGAGCUGGCAAGCGCGUGCAAAGCACGUCGUCGCACUGCUAGAGUUCGCGGACCAGUUGACGUCCGACGACCGCUACGGAAGCUUCUACGUCUGCAACGUCGGCAGGUCAAAGUUUGGAUUCACGCUGAAAGACGAACUCCGGAUCACGGACAUGUCACAGGUGAUAUCCAAGCACGCGUUAGAACGGCAGGUAUCGGGCAUGCCGUGUGAGACUGACUCGGAGUGUUCCUUCGGAGACACGUGCGUCGUUACCUGUGAUAGCAACACGCAUACCUGUCGGGCAGAUGUAGCUCUACCACCCCUCUCUCAGAUAUGCAGGCUUGUAAAGCCCUACAUCAUGCUCAGCUGCCCGACAGAUAUCGCUCACCAGGUGGAGCUACUGCUGUAUCGUUGUUCGGUGAUGCGCAAUGAAAAUGCAUCGCCUAUAUUGGAACUGGAAGCAAACAUUGUGCGGCAAGAACUCUUUGCUUUGUUAUGGGAUAAAUUGCAAUAUCUAUAGCAUAUAUAUAUAUAUAUAUAUAGUAACUUGUGCUAUAUUAUAUAUUGCAUAUAUAUAUGUAUA